ACCACCGGUAAAAAUAAUUCAUAUGGAGCCUAAACUAAUCAGAUUCAGCCACGUUGCUCCACCAGCCCCAUGCAGCAGUGUAAGUCUACACUACAGUACACCACCGCUCAGUGAUCAAUCACAAUCCAGGCAGGCAUAAGAAUUUUACUAUUUUUAUUGGAGAAAUCAGAAGGUCUUUUGAGGGAAGAAACGAUGGAAUUUGGCGGAAGAAGCUAAUACGCAACCCAGAAACGUGUUAUUCAAUUGCUGUGAGGUGGUUUCACGGAACGGUGAAGGGAUUGGGAAACGGUUUGUCCUUUCCCUCUUUUAUUUAAGGGCAAAUAACUCGUGUUUGGCCGGAAGAAAGGAGUUUGUGGAUUCCAGAAAGCGCCAAGGAGGAAGGAGUGAAGACAAAAAAAAAAAACUAGACACAGGAGCAGCAGGCACCAAGGAUACCGUGACAAUCGAGCCCGGCCUGGUUCUACUUGAGUUUGUGCGUGACAGAGAGACUCGGACUCAAGAAGAAGACUUCCUCCCUUCCUUCCUUCCUCCUUGCUUUUUGUACCGCGUCUUGGUCGAUCGUAGCUGCGCGCGUGCUGGUCUUCUUCUCUUUCGCCAUUUGAGGGCUCGAGUUUAAAGUUGGAUUUGGCUCUCUCCUACUGCUAUCUUCUUUUUCCUUCCGUCCAGAAGGGUUCUCAUUUCUCGCUGAAUUCCGCGGUGAAGUUGGAUCCUUUUUGAGGUAGGUUCCUGGGUUUUCUUUCUAGAGCUCUCCUGAUUCUGUACUUGAUUUCUGGUUUCCAGCGGUGUGUUUGUCUUCUUUUUGCUGGAAGGAACAAGGAAAAUAUUGGUCUUCUGAUUUAGGAGUUGAAUUCUGCCUGUGAAUAUAGUAGGAAACGAGUUGAAUUGUGAUCGGGUACAUCUUCGAGUACUUGAUGAUUGUUGAUGUCGGUUGUUCAUAACAUUGACCUGUUGACUGUUGAGCUUGAAUAGCAACUAAGUAGGAUGAUUUCUGGACUAGUGGUUCCUAUUACUGGAAGCAGCAUCUUACAUGGGGUUUCCUCCCAGUGAUUCUUUGGCCGAGCUAGGAUGUUGCUCUUGUUAAUAUUCUUUCCCAAAUGAAAUUUCUUGUUUGUGUCUCUGAUUUAUUAGGCUGAGCUGCUACCCCUACCGUCAGUAAAAAAUUGGUAACUGUGCUCUUCUAGUCCACAAGGAGAUGGGAUCCGAAGGACCAAAGUCUGUGGUGAUUCACGUAACUGGGUUUAAGAAAUUCCAAGGCGUUGCCCUGAAUCCCACCGAGACCAUUGUGAAUAGGCUCGAGGAUUACGUGGGGAAGCGAGGAUUGCCUGCUGGCGUUACACUAGGGAGCUGCACGGUUCUUGAGACUGCUGGAGUUGGAGCCCGAGACAUGCUGUACCAGACCCUCGAAUCGAGCACUGUAACUACUGCUGCAAAUGCUGGAAAGAAUGAGCCAGUUGUUGUGUGGCUUCACUUAGGAGUGAACAGUGGGGCAAUGAAGUUUGCCAUUGAGCGACAGGCAGUGAACGAAGCCACAUUUCGAUGUCCAGACGAGAUGGGAUGGCAACCUCAGAAUUGCCCUAUUAUCCUGGAAGAUGGAGGCACUACCUCUGCAAGAGAGACGUGUUGCUCCAUCGACGAAAUCCUGAAGUUACUGAAGAAGAAAGGCUUCGACGUGACCAUAUCCGACGAUGCUGGCCGAUUCGUCUGCAACUACGUGUACUAUCACUCCCUGCGGUUCGCCCAGCAGAAGGGCCACAUAGCUCUUUUUGUUCACGUUCCACUUUUCUCGAGAAUUGAUGAGGAAACCCAGAUGCAGUUUGUGACGGCUGUUGUGGAGGCUAUAGGAUCAACAUGUUAAUAAUGUGUACCCAUUGGUAAAGAUCACUCUAAUCUCUUACCCAAGCUUGUGUGGGUUGUUGUACUGUCAUAUUGAGGUGCCAAGCAAAAGCGGCUCUGUUACCUCACCAUCGUAAUAAUAGAAAAUGCAAAAUAUGAGAUAGUUUCCUUCGUUAAAUCUCUCCUCUUUUUCAUCUGAAUCCGGAGCCGGUCUCUCUCUCACUCAGUAUGACAAGAAAAUUGAUAGCUUGAUAAAAUCCGGUCAGUUUGUUGUACUUGUCUCUUAUAAUAUGCUGGUUUCGGGUCAUGUAAAUAUGGAGUUAUACAGCAUGCUUUGUGGUUUUACCACGAGGUGGCUUCCCAUGGUAUCAGAGAGAAUGAAUCGACGGUUUGCUCUGUGUUGAGUAUGUGGUGAUGAUGCGGGGGUUUUCCUGGAAGGGAUUCAAGUCCACUGAAGGGAGGUUAAGCGCGUGUUCUGUUGUAAUGUUUUUGUUGGGAGCUCACUGGUUGAUCUUUAUAUGGAUCCAGGACUUGAUAAUCUAGCUUUACAGUCGUUUCAUGAAUUGCCUGUGAGAAACGUAGCCACUUGGAAUUUGGUUUUACGUUGGAUCUCUGAACUGGGUAGAUCCGAUGAGUUGGUGUUCAAACUGUAUAAUAGGAUGAAACUAGAAGGGUUGGAGAAAACGGGGUUAAGUUUAGCUAUUUGAUUUGCGGAUGUUGCGAGGAGAGGUUUACCAACAAAGGGAAGAAGAUGCAUUGCCAUGUGAUCAAGCCUGGAUGGAAAGAAUCAAACAUUUUCGUUGCUAAUGCUUUUGUGGAUUUUUACUUGGCUUGUAGACAUAUGUCUGAUACCAAGAGAUCUUUGAAGUUAUUCAUGCUCAAGAUGUUUUGUCAAGGAAUUCAAUGCUGGCACCUUUUGAAAAUGAGAGAUCGGUGCUUGAAGCCGUUGAAUUGUUCAACGCAAUGCAAUUUUGUGGGAAGAGGCCCUCUGUUCGUUCUUUGGGCUCUUUAAUUUCGCCAGCAAAACUGCUGAUAUUCUGCUUGGGAAGCAAUUUCAUUCCUGGGUCUUACAGGUCAGUUUUCCUGUGGGAAGUGGCCAUGUUCAAUCUGGGUUGAUCGAUAUGUACGGGAAAUGCAGGGAUAUUGAGAGCUCAGUGUCUGUUUAUGAAUGUGUUAAACUUGGGAGUGUUGAACUCACUGAUGACCUAUUUGCUUCACUGUGGCGUUGUCUGAGGAUGCUAGUGAGAUGUUUGGUUUGAUGAUAGAUGAAGGAACUGUUCUUGAUGAGGUCUCCCUUUCCACAGUGCUGAAAGCUUUAUCACCUUCCAGUUCUCGAGCUUGGCCAGCUGCAGUUUGGUGCACUGAAAACUAGGUUUUGAAACUCAUGUUGCUGUCUCUUCCUCCUUGAUUGAUGCAUACUCAAGGGCUGGUUCCGCUAAAUUCCCUGGAAAAGUGUUUUGAUCAACUUCCCUCGUCGAAUGUAAUCUGUUGCACAGCGAUGAUAAGUGGAUAUGUUCACAAUGGAAGGGGAAGGUAGGGGCUAUAGAUGCUUAAAGAGAUGAUAUUUGAAAGCGCUGGCGCCUGUACGGGAUAUCUCCUGAUAGACAGCAUUCCUCCUGUAUGGUGGAUCUAUUGGGGUGUGCAGGUAUGUUGAGUGAAGUGGAGGAGUUUGUGCAACAGGCUCCUGGAAAAUGGUGAUUGUGUGUUCUAGAGUUCAUUGCUGCAAAACUGCAACAACCAUAAGAAUUAAAUGGUGGAAAGAAGGGAAGCAAAGGUCCUGUUGGAUCUUGCAGGUAUCUAACUACUACGCUGAAACUGGGAAUAUGAUUUGUCAAUGAAGAUAAGAGAAACUG